GAAGCCUCCAUUUCUCACCUUCCGUGUCCACCGCGUGCGCAGCGCAGCCUCACCGCUCACCGCCCCAAAGCUCUCGUGAUCUUCUAAGCCGAUCGCGCGCAGCAUCCCACCGCCCACCACGCCCACGUACGUACCAUGCCGCCCCCCGCCGGAGCUUCCUCGUACACCAGGCACGAGACGCGCCGCCGCGACCCCAACCCGCGCGAGGCGGCGCUCCUGGUCAUCGACGUGCAGGGCCACUUCGCGUCGCUGGCCGCGCCGGCCAUGCCGGCCAUCGCCGCCACCGUGGCGCUCUGCCGCGGCGCCGGCAUGCCGGUCGUCUACACCCGCCACGUGGACGCGGAGCCCCGGAGCCGCCCGCUAGCCGAGUGGUGGGCCGGCGACCGCAUCGACGCCGGGAAGCCGGCCGCCGAGCUGCUCCCCGGGGCCGGCCGCGCCGAGGGUGACCUCGUGGUGGAGAAGGGCACGUACAGCGCGUUCGCCGGCACGGGGCUCGAGGAGGCGCUCCGCGGGAUGGGCGUCGAGGAGGUGAUCGUGGCCGGCGUGAUGACCAACCUGUGCUGCGAGACCACCGCGCGGGACGCGUUCGUGAGGGGCUUCCGGGUGUUUUUCUCGGCCGACGCCACGGCCACGGCCAGCCGCGACCUGCACGAGGCCACCCUCGCCAACAUGGCCUACGGCUUCGCGUACAUCGUCGACUGCAACCGGCUGGACGCGGCAUUCCGGAAGGGCAAGUGAAGUCCGUUCUCGUUUUAUUUCCUUGGCUCUGGCUUUGGCCUUGCACAUAUAUUGUUCACGAUUACCACAAGGCCAGCAUAGAGAUGAUCAUGUCAAUUGCAGUGAAACAAGUGUUGAGCUAUUCAGCUCCCACACAAUCAGUUUGACUUCACACCUAUACGAGAACAUAAAUUCAGACUAAUAACAAGUAU